UAGAGGGGAUUUCCCUUGUCGAAAGGUAGGCGUGGCUUGUUUACUGAGCUGAAGAGAAGAAGUUCAACAUCAUGUCUACAGCCUCUACAGCCUCUAAAAGGAAGGAGCAGUCUCCACUGGCCAAAGGUUACUUGCUCCUCUACAAUGCAGUGCUAACUGUAGGAUGGGCUGUAGUGCUGCUCAAGGCAUCACUGUAUGCCUAUCAUGGUGAGCGCUGGGAUGGUAGGGUACCUGGUCUCUAUGAUGAUAUCAGACUCUACUUACUCGUCUUCCAGACAGCAGCUCUUCUUGAGGUUGUACACAGUGCAGUAGGCUUGGUGUCUAGUGGAGUGAUGACAACUCUAAUGCAGGUCUACUCUCGUGUGUUCAUUGUGUGGUUCAUUCUCGAGGGUGUGAGCGGUGUGAGUGAGAAUGUGGGACUGCUUCUUGUGUGUUUGGCCUGGGGCAUCACUGAGGUCAUCCGCUACUCCUACUACUUCUGUGCCCUCCUCAACCGUAUCCCCUAUGCUCUGCAGUGGUGCAGGUAUACCUUCUUCUAUGCGCUAUAUCCUCUCGGAGUUUUAGGUGAGAUGCUGCUCUACUUUGCCUCUCUGCCAGUGAUACGGGCUCGCCAGCAAUGGUCACUGGCUAUGCCCAAUGCUGCUAACAUCUCCUUCAACUUCUACUACUUCCUGGUGGUGACAAUGCUGCUGUACAUUCCUUUGUUCCCACAGCUGUAUGGUCACAUGAUCAGUCUACGGAAAAAGAUCAUUGGAGGAGCUAUCUCCUCAGAAAAGAAAAGAAACUGAAAAACUGACUGUAGUCAGCUGUAUAGAAGUGUACUUGUAUUCUGUGUGGAUUUUGAUGAUUACAAUAGAUUUGCCCGAUAU